AUGAAGACCUUCUCCAUCGCCGUUGCCAUGCUAGCGUCCCUAGUCGCUGCAGGGGACUUUAGCAAGAGUUGCACGGACGAACAUAUCGACCCCGCAACCCAGGUUCUGACGGCGAACUGCAACGCCGGUGACGGCAAGGGCACGGUUAAGUCGACUUCCCUCGACCUCAACCAAUGCUUCACCUAUACGGGCACCAAGAUUCAGUACAGCGGCAAGGGCCACUUGGGUGAUUCUUGCAGCGACUGUUAUGUCUAUCGCAUCGAGGAUCCGGUCUAUGGGCCGAUUUUCGGCACCACCCGAGUCUGGUUGAGCUGCUCUUGCAACGGCUCCGAGAGCCAAAUCGAGCUUGAUACUACGCCCGUGUCUAACCAGUACGGAACUCUGAGCUGCACCUCAUGA